UGCCCUACGCGGCUAGUUAGCGAUGUUAUGUAAACUAAUUAGACCUGUUCUUAGUACUUCAGGCAUUUGUUUGAAUGUUUAUACAGCGAAAGGGAUAUGCAGAGCACACGAUGUUUAAACUAUGAUGAUAACCAAAAUAGAUUGUCUCGUUGUUUUAAAGUUCGCCAUGUAAAACAAUGCUAACGUUUCUAAAGGCAGAGUAAUACCUGGAAAAUAUAACUUGACAGUAAAAAAGAUUUUGCCUCAUCAUGAAUACAGACAACGACUAUUUGGAAUCAUGUGACCAGAGCAUCUUCACCAAUGAGGACCCAACUCAGGAGAAGAUUCUUUCAGUAUCCGUCACAUUCAAGCCCCAGGCACAGGUAACCCACACGGAAUCACAAGGGCCUGAUAUAAUGGAUGUGGAUAGGAACGGAAUAGUGGAUGCCCCGGGCGAGAUGGAGAGUGAGCAAGCUCCCAACCCCCCUGCGUCACCAAGUGCCGAGUGGACUGAGGACGAGACAAUUGGAGCAGAGGAAAGCGCAAAUGAGAAUCCUGUUUUGCCAGGGUGGAAGGGGUACGGAAACAACAUCUACAUUCAGCCUAUCCUCGUCAACAACACGGGAUGCGAAAAAGCCGCAAAAACUCAGGUUUCCAAGCGCUUUCAUUACCCUUCAACAAACCAACUCAAAGCGACGAUAAAAACCCGAAUGGCCUCUGAAUGGGUCACGAAGCACAAUCAGCGAAUCCAAUUAACCGGAUCGCUUAAGUCGCUGCAUUCGGCAACUACCGAUGAAUCUACGAAAGAUUUAGGGUUUAGUAAGAACGGACUCGCUAACAAUAGCCCUCACACUGGGAGUAAAAUCACUAAAGGAUUCGUGUGUAGGAACUGGGCAAAUGAUUUCUUACCGGAACAGUACAAGCUGAAAGACGAGGAGGAAUUUGUGCCGUUCAUGGUCCGUAAGUACGUGGACAGGACCAAGUAUAACGUAAAUAAUAACAAACCACAGGUAGUCCAUGCGUCUAGGGAGGUAGAGCAAGAUAAUAAACCUACAGUGCCUGCUCCUUUGCAAACUGAGGAGGCAGUUAGCGAAAUCUUUGUAAGUAUCAGCGACAAUACACACAGGCAGCCCGUCUCAUCUGAAAAUCAAAGCUGCAGCAUUUGCAAAAAGGACGAGGACAAAAAUGCCGUGACACACAGGCAACCAGGACAAUCCGGGACAAAUAAAAGUAGAAGAUUUGAUACGAAAAGCGAGAGCAGGGGUUUUUCACGUGAUCACCUCUGCUCCGAGGCUUGUCGCUGCAAUCAAUAUCACAGACAUACCGGUCAAUCCAGGUCUCAAAGCUCAACAUCCACAGGACUUUUGCAACCCAAGUCAAGGAUUGCACUUCCGUUCAAGCAAUUUCCACCAAUUGAACCACUCCGCCAAUCUAGCAACACAGGCAUUCCAACUGGUCAGCGGCCACAGACCGUGGCCUCAGGAUUCAUAGCAAACCGCGCGCAUUUGACAUCACGGCGCGCGCACAGCUCCCGCGCCAAGUCGGUGACUUAUGCCAACUUCUCAAGCACUGAGGCUCGAAGGGCAAAAACAACCUCAAGCCAAGACAUAAGAACCGAACAAAUACAAGCAUCUAGGUACCACGCCCUCACGGGCGCGAUAACCCGAGCGAUGCGAUCAGACGACGCGGAAUACAUCAAGGCCCUACGCACUCCCCACAACGAGCAGCAGCCCAUAAUGACGUUACUUCCGGAUGGGAAACAAGUACUGAGACGAACAUUCAGCGAACAUUCUAGACUAAUGUCACUGUUGCGAUGUAGUGGGGUCAAGAUGGAAAGUAAAGGCUUUGAGAAAAUCAGCUCCAUCGAAACGCUGCUCUAUACCCCGGCCCAGUCUUACGCGACUUUGAUUCAAAACUCGCAUCAGUCCGUUGCGGUUGAAGCUGGCGGGGAUACCGAUUCUGAAGUCAUGGGACUUGGGAGUGAUAUCGCAUAUUCUAGCGAAGGCUCGACCAAACUUGAAAUUUAUCUAAAUGCGCGAGAAUGAUGGACGGCUUAAAGGAAAGGUUGUAUUGUCACGCAAUUAUUUUGACGUAACGUCACGCAACAUCUUUGUGUCACAUGUAUGAUAAACUUUAAAGAAAACUAGGUAAUCCUAGAAAAAUAUUGAAAUGAAAAUGAAAUAUCCUUCUAUUGGUACAGUUAUUGAACUGAGAAAAACAGUGUAAAAAAGAUAAUGUAUUAUUAUUAUUUAGUUCCUUAUUUAUAUGAAUUUAUGAGUGUAUAAAUUUAUGUGUGUUGCACUAAAUACAGUCCUUGUGCAUUUCUAUCAUGACCUUAUUGCCUCUGAUGGAAACAAGAGCAACAAGGCGCGCGAUAUGCAUACUAUAGCCCGGCUUUCAGUAAUUUGAAUUCGACCUUUUACCUCGUGUUUCUCAACUUGUUCGGAUCAGAGUGGGAUAAGAAUGGCGAUGGCGCCACCGGCAUAUAGACUGUUUCCCAGGACAGAAGCGCCAGCCCAGAAACGGUCAAGC